CCCGAUUAGAAUUCUCAUUCCGGGCGCCAUCUGCGCACCAGAGAGAAGAGAAACAGAGUUGGCGGCGGACAAACGGGCGACGUCCAUUAGCAGCAGUAAAUAUUUCUUUUUUAUUGUGAAAUUUCACACAAACUGUGGUGACGAAGGCAAAUUGACGUGAGGUUGCCGCAAUAGACUGCGGUAAAAUAUUCAGGCCUCGGCACUCAGCCAUCGAUUGAUCGGGACAGUGACACAAGCGAGACCCGGUUAAAACCUGCCCCGAAAGAGGAAGCGGCCUGGAUUGAGCUGCACCCCGAACGAGAGCAUGGCGGCGUCGGUUGGGGGUGUAACAGACAGCACAGGGUUAGCAGAACUGGCACAUCGUGAAUAUCAAGCAGGAGAUUUUGAGGCAGCUGAGAGGCACUGCAUGCAACUUUGGAGACAAGAACCUGAUAACACUGGUGUUCUUUUGCUUCUCUCCUCCAUACAUUUCCAGUGUCGCAGAUUGGACAGGUCUGCUCACUUCAGCACUCUGGCUAUCAAACAGAACCCCAUGUUGGCUGAGGCCUAUUCAAACUUGGGAAAUGUCUAUAAAGAGCGUGGACAACUUCAGGAGGCUAUCGAACAUUAUCGACAUGCUCUUCGGCUCAAACCAGACUUUAUAGAUGGAUACAUCAACUUGGCAGCAGCACUAGUUGCAGCAGGAGACAUGGAGGGUGCAGUGCAAGCCUACGUAUCUGCCCUACAGUACAAUCCUGAUUUGUAUUGUGUUCGCAGUGACCUGGGGAACCUCCUUAAAGCCCUGGGUCGCUUAGAAGAAGCCAAGGCUUGUUACCUGAAAGCGAUUGAGACUCAGCCAAACUUCGCUGUUGCCUGGAGCAACCUUGGAUGUGUGUUCAAUGCCCAAGGAGAGAUUUGGCUGGCUAUUCACCACUUUGAAAAGGCUGUUACCUUGGAUCCUAAUUUCUUGGAUGCUUACAUCAACUUGGGAAAUGUGCUGAAGGAGGCUCGCAUUUUUGACAGGGCUGUGGCAGCAUAUCUGCGAGCAUUAAGUCUAAGUCCUAAUCAUGCAGUUGUUCAUGGAAACCUGGCUUGUGUUUAUUAUGAACAAGGAUUGAUUGAUCUGGCUAUAGACACAUACAGAAGAGCCAUUGAACUGCAGCCUCACUUUCCAGAUGCCUACUGCAACCUGGCUAAUGCACUGAAGGAGAAAGGAAAUGUUGCUGAAGCAGAGGAAUGCUACAAUACGGCACUACGACUCUGUCCCACGCAUGCCGACUCUCUCAACAACUUAGCUAAUAUCAAAAGGGAGCAAGGGAACAUUGAAGAGGCUGUACGACUGUAUCGGAAAGCUCUUGAGGUGUUUCCAGAAUUUGCAGCUGCCCAUUCAAACUUGGCCAGUGUGUUGCAGCAGCAGGGAAAAUUGCAGGACGCAUUAAUGCAUUAUAAGGAGGCUAUUCGAAUUAGUCCAACCUUUGCCGAUGCCUACUCAAACAUGGGAAACACACUCAAAGAAAUGCAAGAUGUGCAGGGUGCCUUGCAGUGCUAUACAAGAGCAAUUCAGAUCAAUCCUGCUUUUGCUGAUGCUCACAGCAACUUAGCAUCGAUCCAUAAGGAUUCUGGAAAUAUUCCAGAAGCCAUUGCUUCCUACAGAACUGCCCUGAAGCUAAAGCCUGACUUCCCAGAUGCUUACUGUAAUCUGGCACACUGUUUGCAGAUUGUAUGUGACUGGACAGAUUAUGAUGAGCGAAUGAAAAAAUUGGUCAGUAUAGUAGCUGACCAACUGGAGAAAAAUCGGCUGCCAUCUGUGCAUCCACAUCACAGUAUGCUGUAUCCACUGUCCCAUACCUUUCGCAAAGCCAUUGCGGAACGUCAUGGAAAUCUGUGUCUUGACAAGAUUAAUGUGCUUCACAAGCCACCAUAUGAACAUCCAAAAGACUUGAAAGCUAGUAAUGGACGUCUGAAAAUUGGUUUUGUGAGUUCAGAUUUUGGGAACCAUCCCACCUCUCAUCUGAUGCAAUCAAUCCCUGGGAUGCACAACUCAGAAAAAUUUGAGGUUUUUUGUUAUGCAUUGAGCUCUGAUGAUGGCACUAAUUUUCGAGUGAAAGUGGUCGCUGAAGCGAAUCAUUUUGUGGACCUAUCCCAGAUCCCAUGCAACGGCAAAGCCGCUGAUCGUAUUCAUCAGGAUGGAAUUCACAUUCUUGUUAAUAUGAACGGAUACACAAAAGGAGCACGGAAUGAACUGUUUGCUCUUCGUCCAGCUCCUAUACAGGCAAUGUGGUUAGGUUAUCCUGGAACAAGUGGAGCCCCAUUCAUGGAUUAUAUUAUAACUGACAAGGAAACUUCACCGCUUGACCUGGCAGAGCAAUACUCUGAAAAGCUGGCCUACAUGCCCAAUACUUUCUUUAUUGGAGAUCAUGCCAACAUGUUCCCACAUUUAAAGAAAAAGGCUGUGAUUGACUUCAAGUCAAAUGGACACAUUUACGAUAAUAGAAUUGUUCUGAAUGGUAUUGAUCUGAAAGCAUUCCUAGACAGCCUGCCUGAUGUCAAAGUAGUGAAGCUGAAAUGUCCUGAUGGUGGAGACAACUCGGAUACCAACUCUGCACUUUCAAUGCCUGUUGUCCCAAUGAAUGCUGCAGCUGAAGCAAUUAUCAACAUGAUCAACCAAGGACAAAUCCAGGUCACAAUCAACAACUUCACAGUCAGCAAUGGGCUGGCAACAACACAAAUCAACAACAAAGCAGCAACUGGCGAGGAGGUACCACGCACAAUCAUUGUUACCACACGGUCACAAUAUGGGUUGCCAGAAGAUUCUAUUGUUUAUUGCAACUUUAACCAGCUGUAUAAGAUUGAUCCAAAUACUCUGCAAAUGUGGGCCAGUAUCCUAAAACGAGUUCCUAAUAGUGUGCUGUGGCUACUUCGAUUCCCUGCUGUGGGAGAGCCCAAUAUUCAACAGUAUGCCCAGAGCAUGGGACUGUCUGCCAACCGCAUUAUAUUUUCACCUGUCGCCCCAAAGGAGGAACAUGUAAGGCGGGGACAGAUGGCUGAUGUCUGUUUAGACACUCCACUCUGUAAUGGACACACUACAGGAAUGGAUGUACUCUGGGCAGGGACGCCAAUGGUGACUAUGCCAGGCUUUGUGUUCCUUGUUGUAGGUGAAACACUUGCAUCUCGUGUUGCUGCUUCACAGCUGAUGUGUUUGGGAUGUCCAGAACUGAUUGCAAAGACCAGACAAGAGUAUGAGGAUAUUGCUGUUCUGUUGGGAACAGAUAUGGAAUAUCUGAAGAAAAUCAGAGGAAAGGUGUGGAAACAGAGAGUAAGCAGCCCCCUGUUCAACACCAAACAGUAUACUAUGGAUCUGGAGCGCCUCUACACACAGAUGUGGGAGCAUUAUGCUGCAGGCAACAAACCAGACCAUUUGAUUAAGCCACUUAAAGCCAUGGAGACAAAUGAAACUGCUUAAAUCUACUUGAUUGCUAGAUCAUUGUGACUUUGACAUGAGUAUACUGAACUGCACCCUUGGCUCCAUGACCCAUCACGCACUGUUUUUUUUUUUUUUUGUUUGGAAUUUUUUGAGACCAGCUAAGUGCUGGCAAUAAUGCAUUUUCAUACUAGCCCAGAGAGACUGUUCAAAAAUUGAAAUCUCUUUACUGAAAGAUUGUUGAUACUGGAGUUAAACCAAGCUAAAAUGGGUUGUAUUAAGUACACCAUGUGCAGUAACCCAAUCUCUAAUCUACAUUGAGUACCUUUAUUCAUUUUAAGAGGGUGGAUCUGAAAAUAUUGUAAUGCCAUUUAGUUAGAACUUCACACUCAUAAUUAGAAGAUAAAAAUCUGAUAUUACCAUCUGUUCACUACUCAUGGCAUUGGCUUCCUUUUGAAUGUUUGAUGGCCAGAUUGCUGGAUGGGUUCACUUCAGGCCUUUGAUAACUCUUUAAAGAGUUGUCUUUCAGUUUUAAUGUGUCCCUGUCAAAUUAUUUCUGUAAACCGUAAGAGGCUCACUUUCUUGUCAGUCUUCAUGCUCUCUGCCUUGUCAGGCUUUUUAGUUACAAAGUUAUUAUACUUUUGUUGAAAACUGCUUCCUACAUUGAAAAGGACAUGUGCCAAAUGGCCAGUGUAUGCCUGUACUCUUUAUUUGCUCCAGUUCUUCAAGUGAUGCAGCAGAAUGCACAUACCAGUUGUCCUCCGUUGGCUCGAGAGUGUGUUUCACAUGCAUCAGAUAUGAGCUCAAGUAGUGCAAUGGAAUGUAUUUCCUUGCAUGGCCCACACACAAGCUUGAGUGAGGAUGUAAUGUGUUUUGAUGCAUGAUUGUACGUAAUUAUAGUAGAGAAUAGCAGUGCUACAACUGUCACUGAGGUCUGAAAUUACGUUUUGGAGACUGGUCUAUUGCAGAUCAGUUCUGGAAAAUUUAAAACCGGUCUGAAGAAUGGUUGCUGUUCCUCACUUAAAUGAACUCAUUUUGAUUUUUGUAGGAUCAUUUUGUGAAGGGCUAAGGAUUCUCUCUUUUGCCCACAGGUAAGUAUCUCAUCAGUUGUUGUUAUUAUUAUGUAGAAUUAGCAAUGUGUGUGGUUUUUAGCCACAAUAAUAUAUGGUGGUGACCCCUCUUGCACCAGUAAUGGCAUAUGUAAAACAAAACAAUUUGUGGAUAUAUUUGGAAGACUUACUUUUGUCAUUCAAGCUACUAGCUCAGAACCAUUACAGAAUUGCUAUUAUUCUCAGGUCUGCAUCAAGAAUCACUUAAAUUUGAACCCUCAUCGCUUCAACUUACCAUUUGUUUUGCUGGGAGCACCCAGUGGGUAGAUUGUAAAUAUUUACACUGAACUGUCCCUUUCCUGCCCACUUACCUAAAACUUCAGUAAACAAAGCACAUGUAUUCAGUUUUAUAUUCAACGAAACCAGAUCAUUUAAUCUAGUGUUCAACUUUCUUAUUUUCAGAUCAUUUGAUCUGAUUUCUGAUAAAAUUCUAAUGCCUUUAGUAGAGGCAGGGAUAAUGUCUGGCUCAUGAUGUUCAUUGGGGUUAAUAAAAUACUGAUUUCUUUUAUUUAAAAUAAAUAAAAUAAAGGAUGGUGCUGAGAUUUAUGCUGAAGUUGGGAGAGAUGGCAACAACGGCAGGUGAGCAUGCUCUGAAAGAAUCUCAUUCUGUUGGGUAUGAUGGUAAACUUGCAAUAUCUGAGGUUAAUUAUUUUAUUAGUGACUCUUGCUCAAGAUUUAUUUUUUUUCCUCUGUAAUGACAGCUAUUUUAACAUGUCUCAAAUUAAUAUUGAGACCUUCAAUUUUUUGCAUUGUCUGGAUUUUGGGCUGUUUAAGUAUGAAGCUGUAAAUACAUGUGAUUGAGAAUCUAUUGUAUUUCUGUGUACAAUUAUAAAGCAGCUGGAUGCUUCUA